AUGCUUUCGCUAGACGAUGCCGAGUGCCCGCUCCCGGACAUCCCGCCACCCCUUCCAGACUACUGGCUUACAGAUGCGUCAAGGUUUGGCGGGAUUGGUCUGACAUGCCUCGCCCCAGCUGCUGGUGUUCCAACGGAGGAAGUAACAUGGACCGGCAGCAUUACGGAAUGUGUACUUAAGGACUACGGAAAGGUCUACUUCUUUCGUUACAACAACACCUCAGAAGCGAACGCGCGCAUAUGCGCCAGCGGCGCGACUGGCUCAGACACUACCGAUUUCGAGGAGAAGGUCAAGAAAUGCAAGGCGUUGUCAACGAGGCUUCAGAAUGGCGCUAUCGGUUUACCGACCAAAACUAAUGAUACAUCCAAGUCCUGGUUCAUCUCUUGGGUCUCCUCAACCGUGACUCAUAACGACUUCCUGACCAACCUCAAGAAUGUGCGUCUGGAAGCGCACAGGGUCAGGUCGGGUACGACGGACUCCCAGUCCUUGCCACGAAAUGGGAUGGAAUGUAGGGAACACGCUGAUGCGUUGUUCAAAAGUUUUGAAGAACGGAAGGGCGCAUACCUUCAGCACCUACGAACUGCCUUGGAAAACGGAGUGGACAAUAGUCCUAUCAUUGCGAAGAGGGGCAACGAAGCACAGGAAAGAAUCAUUCGGAGGUGGAAGGCGACGAUGAUAAGCAGAAUUGAAGCGGUACAGGAUUGCAACCCUGUCCCACCAGACAGUGUUCAUCAGUGGAUGGCAAUCCCUUCGCAGGGUCUCCGUUACGCCGAGCAAUCACCCAGACAUCAACAGGAAUUCUGGGUGGAUCAGAUAUCGAAAGAUGUCUUUGCGGCAUUCUACUAUCACGUAUCCGACGUCAUUGCUCUGGAAGCUAACUUGAACGACAACCACAUGGCAUCCCUCAUGAGGAAGACGGUCACUAACGCUUCCAUCGCCGCAUGGGAGCACUACAUGCUUCCCAUCAAAGAAAAGCUCCAUCCGGAAACGCACGCACCCGGUGUCAUUUAUGACAAGAUACCGGAUGCCCCCCAAGUGCGAAAGGUUUUUAAGGAAACAGCAAAGCUCUUGACGAACGAGGAGGGCUUUCCUCCAGGCAUCACCGGCGUCCAUGUCCGGUAUUCAUUGAGUGGAAUUGGAAAAACGAACAGGAGGAAUGCGGACACCCUCGUGGAAAGCGUCUUCAAGCGCCCGCAACUUGUUCAGUGA